GACAAGCUACACUUAAUUGAAUAAUUUCGUUUGUAAUCAAUUCGUAAGUCAACUGUACCUGCGUCACAUGCAAGACAUACCGGGGUCGCAAAUUUAAAAUAAACAAAAAAAUAAUUAAUUUUUCGGUAUAACUAAUCCAUUUCAAUAAUUCGAUAUGAAUCAUCGAAGAAGAAUUCAUUUGCCUAAAUCAGCAUGUUAUUUUAUCACAUUUGUUUCAUAAUCUCGUCGAGCAUCCUAAAAAUAUCUUGUGUUUGUGCUGAGUACAUCACAAAAAUAAAAUACAUCGUCAGUGACAAUAUAUUUGACUUACAGUUAAGUUGUGUAAAAUGAAAUAAUGGUGAGAAGACAAACUUCGUCUACGUUAGAAGAGGCUGACUGCAACAGUGCCAGCAGCGCAUACCAACAACGUAGACGAGAAAACAUAGAUCUAACAUGUGUUGACAACAGAUUAUUCGAAUCUCCUAGGGGACGUGGACGAAACAAUCCAGGCUGGGGACGUACCAACGGUCUACCAUUUGUGUCACCACGUGGACGUGGGCGACGAAUCCCGUUGCAGACACGAUCACAACAUCCGGAUACAACCGGAGAUAGUAGCUUCGUACACGCAUCUUCUGAUUUAUUUGAUCCUGAAGAUGGGCAUCGCGUAGAACAUAGGUAUGAUUUGGGACAGGUACAACAAGCCGCUGACGGAACAUUAUAUUAUUCUGGCUUGGUACGCAUAGACAACAGACCAUUCGAAUCUCCACGCGGUAGAGGGCGUAAUAAUCCGGGCUGGGGACGUAGUGAUGGUAGGCCAUUUUUAUCUCAGCGCGGACAUCGGAGGCGAUCGACGCACACUUACGCACCAAGUGCUCCUACAUAUGAAGAUAUUUUGGACGUUGAUAAUUAAUGAAUUAUUCAACCAGCCGCAACAUAGAUGUGAUAUUGUGAUAUUGGAUUUACUCAGAAAUCGGAAACUGACUCCGAAGUUAUUAUUUUGAAAAUAGAUGAAUGUGUAGUGCAGUGAGUGUGUUAGGCUGUAAGAUUGAUAGUAUGUUUAAUUUUUUUAUUUGGAACCACCGCUUGUUUUGUAGUAUAUCGUUUUUUUUGUUGAGGGGCUGUUCAUAAAAGCCAUCCAAGUUUAGUGGAAGAAAGAUGAUUAUUUAUUGGAAGAAUACAAUACACAGGUAGGAGGCUGUUCGGUUGAAAACUGAUGAAGGGAUCUUUCAUGGACAGCCCUUGAUGGUUUUCCUUAUUUUGCGUCCAUUUGCUUUUUUACUACUAUUUGAAAAUAAAUUUAAUUAUUUAAUCAAUAUUUAA